GUUUCUAGAUAUUGUAUUAAAAUCAAAGUUAUAAAGUAGUGCAAUCGUAAGGUCCGUCGUGUACGGUCCAAGUGUGUGGGAUUCUGCUGGAGGCAAUUCGCAGCCAAUGUUACCAGUAACUUACACACUAGCUUUUUUUUUUAAUAUGACUGAAGCUUCAGGUAUUUGGGAGCUUGAACAGUUCAAACCAUUGGUGGAGUUUGUUUUGGACAAGAAUGAUGAGGUACUUGGUUUUCCCGUCUUGGGAGACUUGGAAACGGUGUUUUCGAUGUAUCAGGACCGUCUCACCAAUACGAAUCACAUCCUCAAACAGAUGGAUUUUAACAACUUUCAGAGCUAUGUUAACAGCUUCAAUGACAUCACAGGCGGAUCUCUUGAGUUGGAACAGAAUGGGAGUCAAGGUAAACGCGUGGUCCAUAUCGAGAAAGUUAAGAUUUACUUGUUUCAAGAUAGGCUCAAUGGUGCACCCUUAAAACACAUUCUGUUCAAAACCUCCACCAAGUUUCACCCGGACGAGGCCCAGAAACCCACCGAGUGGUUGCUCAAGGCCUUAGCCGGCGAGUUGGGCAGUCACAUUGAAAUCUCCUCUGAGACUUCUGUUGGUGCUGUAGAGCUUUAUGCUAACAAGACCCAAUUGAAGCAGCUAUUAGAAAAGCCACUGGCGUUAGUACUUUUAAGUCGUCAGCGGGCCAAGUCCAUUACAGCGAGGAAGCCGUUCCACGAGGUUUGUAAAAACUCGACCCACGCCAAGGUCUUGAGUAAUAUAUUUGUGUCAAUUGACAAAUGUUAUCAGUCCAUUGAACAGUCUCAGAAGUUGUUUUCGAAGGGAAUAUACGAGUGUUCUAAGAGCAAGACCCAUUUCUUGCCAAUUAUUCACUCAAACACAGAUAUUGGUUUAGGAGACUGCUCAUACUUGGAUACCUGCCAUAAGAUGAAAAGUUGCCGGUAUUUACAUUACUUCACGUUGGUUCCCAAGUCCAAAAAGAAGGUGGACGUCCAGGCCGAAUUGGCAAUGGUCAAGAAAAACAUUGCAAAACUGGAGUACACAGUUGGGUUCUGUUUCAAUGAGUUCUUCAAGCCGCAGUUACCAGCACAAUGGAUUCGGUGUGAUAUCCGCAAAUUGCCGUUUCUGGUGUUGGGGAAAUUUGCAGCUAUCAUUUCAGACCCGGCCUGGGAUAUCCAUAUGUCCUUGCCAUAUGGGACAUGUUCGGACGAAGAGUUGAUGGAAUUACCGAUGAACCAAUUGCAAGAUGAGGGAGUUAUGUUAUUGUGGGUCACAGGGAGAUCAAUCGAGAUUGGAAGAAAGGCAUUGGUGAAAUGGGGGUAUAAGGUGUCGGAUGAAAUCAUUUGGGUCAAGCUCAAUCAGCUUCAAAGAACAAUAGUCACUGGACGGACAGGACACUGGUUAAACCAUUCCAAGGAGCAUUUGUUGGUAGGUCUCAAGGGAGAUCCUAGUUGGAUGAGUCGGUCUGUUGAUACCAAUGUGAUUGUGAGUGCCACCAGAGAAACGCUGAGAAAGCCAGACGAAGUCUAUGACUUGGUUGAGCGUCUUGUUGGUCCUAGUGCUCGAAAGUUAGAGAUUUUUGGAAGAGAUCACAACAUCCGCCCUGGGUGGUUUACAAUUGGCAACCAGUUAACUGGAGUCAAUAUUCACGAGCGAGAGAUAUCAGAAAAGUACACCAAAUACCAACAAUCGUUAAAGCAUAACUAA